UCCCUGCACCCUCCAUUUGACUAUUGAGGUCAGCCAUCCUCGUAACCUGCCAGCACUGCCCAUGCAGCAAAUGGAACCUGACGUCGUGGUGGGAGUGUCCAGGUGGUGGUGGUGGGAGUAUUAAUAGAGAAGACUUUCUGAGGACAGUUCCACACUGACCCAGCUCUCUACAACCCUAAUACUGGUCCUCCACACCUCAUCCAUCUGCUCCUCUUCCAACUCAAGCUUUUCUCCAUUAUGGCGACACUGUGGCUCCAUACUGCUUCUCUGCUGAUCUUACUGGUCAUGUCGUGCCCAGGCUCUCAAGCCACUGCCACACAUUACCUGUGUGGCGCUCACCUCGUCGAUGCCCUUUAUUUCAUCUGUGGGGAAAGAGGUUUUUUCUACAUGCCAAGGAGCGACAACAACCCUGUGCAGCAAUUCGUCCCUCCAAAGGAAGGCAGAGCAGUAUCAGUGGGCGGUGAGAAUGGGGUCACCGAGUUUGCCUCCCAGGACCAUAUGGAGAUGAUGGUGAAGCGAAGCAUUGUGGAGCAAUGCUGCCACAGACCCUGCAGCAUCUUUGAACUGCAGAACUACUGCUACUGAACAGCCAGCUCAGCCACCAGUGCUUAGUCCUGUCUGUCCUGUGUUUGCCGUGCCUUGACUUGCUUAGCAUAGCUUAUCAUCUUGGCUAACUGAAUGUGAAACCUCUCCCCUGUCUCCUGCGGUCAUCAGGAGACUGGCAGCAGUGUAACCUCUCUGCAAAGCCAACUGUUGUGGAAUGAAGUGCUGAUAAAUUAGUGAAAUUAUUUUUUCCUAAAAAAUAAAGUUCUGUAGUAGGGAAAGA